CCGUUGAUAGAAAAAAGUAUAACCAGAGCCUCUGAAAUUCAAUUUUAUGAAAACCUUUUCAAAAAAACUAUCACCCGACCGUUGAAAGUUUUCCCGACCGGUAAAUUCCAUCUCGAUAAUCCACGCUGGACUGAGCUUAUAAACAACGUCAAAAUGACUUCUCGACUAAGAUUCCUAUAGACCAUGGCUCUUCAGAUUUUAGGCCUACGCUCUCGAGCCCUCCAUGGUUAUACAAACUUUCAUCAACGCUGUCAGAUAACGAGGACGAGGCCUCCAUCUUCUGUAUUCUCAAAGGGCAGGCUUCAGAGAAAGAAAGAGCUCAAGCUCACACAAGUGCUUAACCAGAGUGAUCUGACCACAGCAGAGGAUGAUAAAUACAAAAAAAAUGUUGCAAUUCAAUCAUCUACCGUUUGUGGGUGUGGUUUUUGCAACCGAAGGCAAUUAAUAGGUGCUCUUGGAUCGAUUCCACCCUUCACUCUUUAUGCUAAGGCCAAUUCAUCAUCGUCAGACAACUCAGACCUAAUUUCCAAUGCCUUGGAAGUUUUGAAUGAGGUUCAUCCUCCCAGACCGGCUUGGUAUGAGAAGUUCUAUGCCUAUGUUUCAGACAAAGGAAUGAAAUCUUAUGAGGAAGAGGUUGCAAAAUACAAGGCUGAAUUGCUGAAUCAGCUGAAAGGACGGGCUGAAAGAAUUUUGGAACUGGGUAUUGGUACAGGGCCCAAUAUUAAGUAUUAUGCAAGUGGAGCCAAUGUUUCAGUUGUGGGCAUAGAUCCAAAUAUGCAAAUGGAGAAAUAUGCACGAGCUGCUGCUACUGCUGUUGGUAUACCUGAAUCACAAUUCAAAUUCAUUCGUGGGGUUGGGGAGGCUUUGCCGGUCCUUGAUUCAAGCAUGGAUGCAGUUGUUGGUACUCUAGUUUUGUGUUCUGUCAGUGAUGUGAGGAAGACGUUGAAAGAAGUGCAGAGGGUGCUGAAACCUAGUGGCCAGUUCAUCUUUGUGGAACAUGUGGCUGCCCCAGAUGGCACACUCCUGAGGUUUUGGCAGAAGUUACUGGAUCCGCUACAGCAAUUUGCAUCAGAUGGGUGUCACCUCACACGCGAGACAGGAAAACUCAUCAGUGAAUCUGGAUUUUCUAAGGUUGAUAUCAACAUGAAAUCAAUCAAGACAGUAUCUCUUGUUAGCUCACAUGUAUUUGGCAUAGCGUAUAAAUAAUUAAACAUAUUUCCAUCUUUAACACUAGAAGCCUAGUGCUCUUUAAUUUAAAUUUAAACUUUGCCAAAGGCAUGAUUAAUGAUGACAUUUGCUACAAACUAUGUGGAUUUGAGAUA